AUGAGGGUGAAACUUAGACCGGAAAAUUAUAACAUCGCAUUCAUUGCUCCACUGGAGGUUGAGGCAAACGCACUACAUCACAUGCUCGACAAAAAGCAUAUUGGCGACUUCCCUCUUGACAAAGGGGAUGACUACGUAUUUAUGGCAGGCAGCAUGGCUGAGCACAAUGUCGUCAUCGCCACUUUUGCAAUCGGUGACAAAUACGGAAAUUCGUCCUCUUCUGCCAUCUCUGCGCAACUUAAAAAGGUCUUCCCACAUCUUUGGCUCUGCCUGCUUGUCGGAGUUGCUGCGGGUCUACCCAGACUCAUCGGCGAGAAGAAGCGUGACAUUCGACUCGGUGAUGUUCUCGUGGCCAUACCAGAGGGAGAACGACCAGGUCUGAUUGACUUAGACGUGGGAAAGGAGACCUUGAAUGGGUUUGAGCUUCUACAUGGAGGCUGGACGACUCCGACACUUAGAAUUGUGAGAUCGGCAAUUACUAAAAUCAAAGCGGGGGAUCGAACAAGCAAGAGGCCAUUGUUUCUAGCGCACUACGACGCAAUGAAGAACGAUGAAAAGUUCGCACGAGAAUUCGCUGAUCCAGGACAAGAAGAAGAUCGUCUGUACAACAGCGACGGGUCGGGAGUUUUGCGGGCUUCUCGACCAGAAGAUAACCGUACCUGUGUUUGGUAUGGGCCUAUUGGCUCGGGUAACAGAGUUAUCAAGAAUGGAUUGAAGCGCGACGAACUAUAUGACAAGUAUGGUCUUAUUGGAAUCGAGAUGGAAGCAGCUGGGGUGCUACACAAUAUCCCGGCUGGUAUCAUCCGUGGCGUCUGUGACUAUGGGGAUGAGAAGAAAAACAAAGUAUGGCAACCGUAUGCAGCUGCAAUGGCGGCUGCCUAUGCCAAGGAGAUUAUAUCAUGCCUUGGACUACCGAAAUCAGCUAAACGAGUGUGCAGCUUGCCGUAUCCGAGAAACCCGUGCUACACAGGACGAGAGAAGACCAUCCAAGACAUUGAGCAAAAGCUAUUCUCCGCGGGUGUAGAACGAGUAGCAUUAUGUGGACUUGGCGGCAUGGGUAAAACGCAAGUAUCUCUGGAAAUAGCUCAUCGAGUCAAAGACGAAAGAGAAGAGUACUCCGUCUUCUGGAUGCCGGCUCAAUCCAGGGAUGCCUUUGAUAAGGCGGCCAGGGAUCUCGUCGAGACCCUGAGUAUCAGUUCGAAUCGCGAAUGCAAUGAGGCACCAACAGGAGCCCUAAAAGCGUAUCUUUCGUCUCCCUCCGCAGGGCCAUGGUUCCUCGUUGUGGACAACGCAGAUGAUCCGUCUCUGGUCGGUACGGAGAACGACCCUAGCGGUUUGCUCAGCGAUCUCCCCAAGAGUCCAAUGGGCCGAAUUUUGUUGACAACCCGUACAGCAGUCGUUGCAGAAAGUAUUACACAGUUUCACAAGGUAGAGCUAAAGGAAAUGACAAACGAUGAAGGCUGGAGCUAUUUGCAGAAUGCACUCAGUGAAAAACCCAAUGCUGACACACCUGGUGCCUAUGAGGCCGCCUCUUUGCUCUUGAAACAGCUUUCGCAUCUACCUCUCGCGAUUGGACAGGCCAUUACGUAUAUGAAUGUGAACAACAUGUCUGUUGCCGCAUAUCUACGUCUAUUGAACGACACGAAGCAGCGUGACGAAUAUACCCUCGGUCUACUUGGUAAAAACUUGCGGGUGCGAGAUCAGACCUUUCAUGACGAGAACCAAGGGGCUAUGACAACAACUUGGAUCAUUUCGUUCAAAACAAUCUGCCAAACCCAUCCUGGCGCAGCUCAGUUGCUGUCAUUCAUUCGAUACAUAGACCCUAAAGCUAUACCUCUGUCAAUACUGCCCAGCCUGAAGAAAACGGGAAAAGACCGUAUACCAAAGGACGAUACUCCGGAGUCACAACCCGCUGAAGAGGAAGAUGAAAUACUUGCAAAGACAGAAGCAGUCUCGAAACUCUGCUCCUACAGUUUUCUCAGCUGGCAAGGGAACGGGGAAAUAGUGGACAUGCAUCGUCUGGUUCAUCUUGCCUUACAAGUCUGUCCAGAAGACCUGUUCGAGGGUCUCAUGACGCAAAGUGAUUCAGUCCAUCAUAUCAGCAUGGUUUUUCCUAAGCUCCCCUCGAAACAACUGACAACAAAGCGGCAAUACCUUCCACAUGCCCUUACAAUCCUUAGACCCCAGCUGGUGCUGCACGAUAUGAGUGCCGCAUGGCUAGGAGUGGUUGUUGGGCAGUGCCUGCGAGAGCAAUUGCGCUUUAAGGAGGCCGUGAACAUGGCCGAAACAGUAGCAGAGUUCUGUAAGAAGAACUCCUCCAACAGGGAAAUACCCGAUCUGUUCACAAUGGCAGAAAUGGAGCUGGGAUCGUCAUACCAUGAGAGCGGCCAACACAACAAGGCAAUUAAAAUAUUUGAGAAGCUACAGCAAGAGGACGACCCUUUAAUUAAGGAAAAUGCGCAAUACGCAUUAGCAAUUAUAUACGGCAGCAUUGGGGACAAUAAUCGAGCGAAAGCAGCGUGGCUUGCCCUGGACGAAAAAGCAGAACGACAGGGACUGGCUCCCCACGAUCCAAGACGACUGCCAUAUCGAACGAGUCUCGCAGGCUGCUACCUGAAAAUGGAACAGUACAACGAAGCAAUUAGGAUGCUCCGGUAUGCAGCGGAUCUUGAAGCCAGGACAACAAAAGAAACGCCGGCCGUUUAUAGUGCAAAAUGCCUGCUUGCGGAUGCGUACACAGCGGCUGGUCAACCGGAUAAGGCCAUAGAUCUUCUAAAACCCUACACAGUGCCUCGGACAACUGAGCUGCCACGCAGUCAUCCAUCGUGGUUGACCUUGGUGCAUUCCCUCUCCUUCGCAUAUAUUGCUGAUGAUACGCCGGACCUAGCAAUUGAAUUAUGCGAACCUAUUGUGGAAUUUCCGCUGCAGCCGGUGCAAAUCUACGAUCUGGAAUUCUUUAAGGUUAAGCAGGACCUUGCGGAAGCCUACUUUGCAGCUGGGCGAGGGCAUGAAGGGACCAAACUGACCAAGGAGAUAGUAGAGCAGCAAAAAGAAAUAAAUAGACGGACAGGUGUUGAACACAGGCAGCCUAGUACGAGAGCCCGGGGCCGGCGUGGUGGCGGGUGCAAACUGCAGUAA